CUUCCCACCCAUUGCAAGCUUCAUCGGCAGAACGUUACCCGCAAGGUGCUUUGGAGCACCCGCCAUCCCUCCUACACCCUUUUGACCUCUGCUCUUCUCCGACAACUUACCUUCAAACACAGAAAUCUGACACCAUGGCGACAAUCACAGAAGGACCUGGCAGUGAACUCACGCCCAACUUUGCUCCCUUCUUUGGCAUGGCCGGAAUCGCCUCUGCUGUACGUGGACCGAGCCUCAAACAAUCCAAACAGUCUCUGCUAACCUCUCACGCGCCCUAGAUGAUCUUUGGCUGUAUGGAUUUGGAAGAAUAGUGGAAUGAUGCAAGAGAUACUGAGCAGUCGCACAGGUAUUGGCGCCGCCUAUGGCACCGCGAAAUCAGGCAUCGGAAUUGCUGGUGUGGGAACUUACCGCCCUGACUUGAUCAUGAAGUCCCUCAUCCCCGUCGUCAUGUCCGGAAUCAUCGCCGUCUACGCCCUUGUCAUCGCAGUCCUCAUCGCUGGAGACAUGGGACCCCCGCCCCAGCAGAAUUACAGCUUGUUUACCGGAUUCAUGCACCUAGCUUCCGGAUUAAGUGUUGGUCUUGCUGGUCUGGCAGCGGGCUAUGCCAUCGGGAUUGUGGGAGAUAUGGGUGUGAGAUGUUACAUGCAGCAAAGCAGGAUAUUUGUGGGCAUGGUGCUCAUUUUGAUCUUCGGGGAGGUCCUGGGGCUCUAUGGAUUGAUUGUGGGAUUGAUCUUGCAUUCGAAGAGUUGAAUUGCUGCCGGCGAUCCCCCAGGAAGGCAUGCGUGUUCGCAAUUAAAAAGCCAGUACUUCAAGAAUAGAGCCAGCUGUUUCCAGUAUGAAAAGGGAAGGGUUCGGAGCUACGAUAUAUCGCAUCUUGCAACUACAAAUGCUAUAUGCGCCUACUGCAGGAAUUUCCCAAGAUUGCCGCCAAUAUGCUCCAAAUCCAAGAGGAAUGUAUCGUGCCCGAACAAACUGAUAUCCUCG